CAUCCGGCGUUCUUGACAUAUCUGAAGACUUCAGUCAUAUCCCAGACAUUUUCUGAUUAUCACGUCUGUUUUUCAACCAUCACAACGCCAGGGUUUGGUUGACCAGAAAGCACAGCUAUGUGCAGCUGUGUGCGGAGCUCCAGGGCUCUGUCCCCUGCCCUGCUCCCCAGGCUGCUGCCUCCUCAGGCGGGGCUCAGGCUGGUGGGCAGGGCCCUCUGGACCUCCCCCCGGUGUUUGGCARUCAGCAGGGACUCCCAGCAGCCCCCUCUGCCCAGCCAGGCCCGGGUGGUGAUCUGUGGAGGGGGGAUUGUGGGAACAUCGGUGGCCUACCACUUGGCCAAACUGGGAUGGACUGAUAUUGUGCUGCUUGAACAGGGCAGACUUGGUGCGGGAUCAACCAGGCUGUGUGCUGGCAUUGUGAGCAUGGCCAAACCUUUAUCUAUUGAGAGCCAGAUGGCCAAAUACUCCAUUAGUCUUUAUCAGCAACUGGAAGAGGAGACGGGAAUUAAAACAGGUUAUGUGAGGACAGGUUCUUUGUGUCUGGCUCAAAAUCAAGACCGCUUCAUUUCUCUCAAACGUCUGGCAUCAAGACUGAAGGUGUUGGGAAUCAGCUGUAAUGUUAUUAAACCUAAAGAAGUGGCCAAACUUCACCCUCUUGUUAACAUUCACGACCUGGUGGGGGCGCUCCACCUCCCUGCUGAUGCUGUGGUGUCCUCCUCUGAUGUAAAUCACGCCCUGGCUGUUGCUGCUGCAGGACAAGGGGUUCAGAUCCUGGAGCGAACCAGUGUACAGCAGGUCCAGGUGGAAAAGGGCCAGGUGACAGCUGUAGAGACCGACUGUGGCUCCAUUGAGUGUGAACAUUUCGUCAACUGUGCUGGUCAGUGGGCCUAUGAGCUGGGUCAGGCCAGUGAGGUGAAGGUUUCUGUUCCCCUCCAUGGCUGCGAGCACUUCUACCUCCUCACCAAACCUCUUCAGGAGCCACUUUCCCCCAACACGCCAGUGGUAAUCGAUAUGGAUGGGAGGAUAUAUGCCAGACCCUGGCAAGGAGGCCUUCUGUUUGGAGGUUUUGAGAAGAACCCCAAACCCAUCUUCACCGAAGGCCGCAACCAGCUGGAGAUCCAGAACAUGCAGGAGGACUGGGAUCACUUUGAGCCCAUUCUCAGCGGCAUGUUGAGGAGAAUGCCGAGUCUUGAGUCAUCUGAGAUCCACCAGCUGAUCAACUGUCCAGAAUCCUUCACACCUGAUAUGCGCUGCCUGAUGGGGGAGACGCCAGGGGUGUCGGGGUACUACGUGCUGGCAGGGAUGAACUCCUCGGGUUUAACCUUCGCAGGAGGAGCUGGCAAGUACCUGGCAGAGUGGAUGACCUACGGUUACCCCACUGCCAAUGUUUGGCCGCUGGACAUCAAACGCUUUGGCAACCUGCAGAGCAGCCGAACCUUCCUGCGGCACAGAGUGAUGGAAGUCAUGCCCUUGCUGUAUGAACUGAAGGUUCCUCGGUGGGACUUCCAGACUGGGCGUCAGCUGAGGACGAGCCCCCUCUAUGACCGUCUGGACACCCAGGGGGCUCGCUGGAUGGAGAAGCACGGCUUCGAAAGGCCCAAAUACUUUGUUCCUCCUGGGAAAGAUCUACUGUCUCUGGAUCAGAGUAAAACCUUCUACAAGCCAGACUGGUUCGACAUCGUUGGAGCAGAAGUGAAAUGCUGCAAAGAAGCUGUUUGUGUCAUCGACAUGUCAUCCUUCACCAAGUUUGAGCUGACUUCAACGGGGGACCAGGCUUUGRAGCUGCUGCAGUACCUGUGUGCUAACGACCUGGAUGUUCCUGUUGGACACAUCGUCCACACCGGCAUGCUGAAUGAAAGAGGGGGCUACGAGAACGACUGCAGCGUGGUCCGCCUCAGCAAAAACAGUUUCUUCAUCAUCUCUCCGACAGACCAGCAGGUCCACUGUUGGUCCUGGAUAAAGAAGCACAUGCCCAACGACCCACACCUCCACCUAGAGGAUGUCAGCUGGAAGUACACAGCUUUAAACCUGAUUGGACCCCGUGCAAUGGACGUCCUGGCUGAGUURUCGUAUGUUUCCAUGACCCCUGAGCAUUUCCCUUCCAUGUUCUGCAAGGAAAUGAGCGUGGGUUACGCCAACGGGAUCAGAGUGAUGAGCAUGACUCACACCGGAGAACCGGGUUUCAUGCUCUACAUCCCAAUCGAGUAUGCUCUGCACGUGUACAAUGAGGUGAUGUCCGUGGGGCAGAAGUAUGGCAUUCGUAACGCCGGCUACUACGCCCUGAGGAGCCUUCGCAUCGAGAAAUUCUUCGCCUUCUGGGGUCAGGACCUGGACGCCUUCACCACCCCGCUGGAGUGCGGACGAGAAUUCAGAGUCAAGUUCGACAAGGACACUCAUUUCCUCGGCCGCGAGGCGUUGCUGCAGCAGCGCCAGGAAGGCGUGUUCCGGAGGUUCAUCAUGCUGGUCCUGGAGGACCACGACACGGAGCUGGACCUGUGGCCGUGGUGGGGCGAGCCGAUCUUCCGCAACGCUCAGCUGGCCGGGACGACCACCAGCAGCGCGUACAGCUACACCYUGGAGCGCCACGUCUGCCUGGGCUACGUGUCCCCGCCGCCAGGGCCCGAAGGGCUCCCCACGCCCAUCACCCCGGACUUCAUCAACCGCGGCGACUACGAGGUGGACAUAGCCGGCCAGCGCUACCCGGCCAAAGCCAAGCUGUACCCCUUCAGCUCCCUCUUCGCCCAGCAGAAGCGGAGGAAGGUGGACAUGGAGCUCAGCAACCUCCAGGGGAAGUGAGGCGGCCCACCCUCUGAGACACUCCCACCAGUUCAUCACAUCCACUCCUGCUCUAACCUGACAGUGCCAACAUCUGCUCCCCUUUACAGCUCCUGAUGUGAGGGCUAGAUGGACAAACUCUUCUUGUUUUGCUAAGAUUUAAUUUUCUAACUUGUCUUAUUCGUUUUUUUUAAGUGCAAUAUUUAAAAGAAAGCACCAAACACUUGAGUUCAUCAAAGUCUGCUGUAGUUUUCAGCCCACUCUGAUCCACACUCAGUCCACUCGGUGCUGCAGUCUGUAGCUCUGCGUCGUUAUCAAGUCCAGAUCAACACUAGCUGAUGCUGAGUUUCUGAGACACUCGGAUGAGAUUUUGACGAAACUCCUGCUCGUGUUUUAGGUACUUUGUAAAGCUUCCUGGAUGCACACUGAAUGAGUCUAGUGUGGUCUGCCGCUCUAACAUGAAUCAGUCACGUAUCAGCUUAUCGUCUUCACUGUUCUCAGCUUCACAACACUAGACUUGAGAAAAUCCUUAAAACGUUCAUUUACAUGAGGGGAAAAAGGCUCAAAGGAGUCUGGGAUUCUGAUUAAUCCAGCAUGGUAUGUGCCACCUUGCACCUCGUCACUUCUUUGGUAGUCUUCAUCAGCUGUGAGCUGCUGUGUCGUCCUGCUGUGUGCAGAGCUCAUGCAGACAUUUCUCAUGAUAUAACCGGAGUGGUUAUUUAGGUUUUGUGGCUGUUUUGAAACAUUGAUGCACUUUUAAGGUUUCAAUUUAGUUGUAUCGGUCUGCUUUUCGAGUAUGUGGUUAAUGUGGGAGCAUAUCGGCCAUCCCAUGUUUUGAAGUUUGUGUAAAAAAGGAUUUUGUUGCAUUUUGAAAUAAAAAUGUAUUUUUGUAUAGUUAGCGUGUAUAAGAAUCUCCAUUUUUAGUACUGUUUAUAUUUUAUUAUGAGUUUCGAGUCAUUUCACCAACAAGUGUGCAUCAUUUUCCAUGUUGGGAGGAUUUACGAAGAGGUUUUAUGGGAAUGUAUUGUGUUGCUCUGAGAUUUAAAAACUAUCAAGAGAGACAGUUGGAUCAAACAGCAUUUCUCAGAUUUUGUGAUCAUCUUUUGUCUUUAGACUUGAAGAUGCACAGAAAAAACAUCAUUAUAGGAAAACUGAAAAGUAAUGACUCCAUGCAACAGUUUUUGUUUGGAAUAUUGCAGAUUAAUUAUUUCAAAUAUCAGCUCAUAAAAAACUUACUGUUUUUUUAAAGGCUUUAACUCAAGUAAUAGUUUAAUUUAUUCUUGAACACUUUGAAACAGUCAUGAGUGUUUUCCAUUAAAAUAAUUGCCGCUGCUCUGUUGCAAAACAAUCAUAAAAAAAUUCUUUGCAUCAAUAAACAUGUUUACAUAAGA